CGGUAUAUAUUACCGUAUGAUACAUGCUACAAAGCAUGCAACCAUCAUUAACGUUACGUCGCGUUCAUUCUACGUCACUGCUGAGUCGAGAGGUGAAAGUGCACAGCAAUGGCCGCGGAGAAUGGACUUGCGUCUUUGGGCGUGGACGGCGCUGCGGCGGCCGCGCAUGCUCUGUCGCUGCCAGCGGAGGCAUAUGGCAAUGAUCCUCAGCUGGAAAUCAUGUGGGCGAUGAAGGCGUACCAGCAUGCAGAAAUUUACUUCAAUCUCAUCUCUUCAGUGGAUCCAGUCUUUCUAAAACUUACUAAAGUUGACGACAAAAUUUACACGGCUUUCAGAGAGACCUUUGCUGACCUAAAUAUUCAGGUUCUGGACCCAGAGCAGCUGAAAUCGACAGAGGCUAAAGAGAAAUGGAGGCCAUUUUGCAAUCAGUUUGAUGGGGUUGUAGAAGACUUCAAUUAUGGAACACUGCUUCGCCUUGACUGUCAGAAGGACUACACAGAGGAAAACACCAUCUUUGCCACCAGGAUCCAGUUUUUCGCCGUUGAGAUCGCCAGGAACAGGGAGGGUCACAACAGCGUGAUCUACAGCACUAAACAGCAGGCUAAAGAGGAUGAGAAGAAAUGACAAAGCUCCCCUUUGAGUGGCCUUUCUACGCAUGUCAGGACCUUCCAUAUGUGUCAACAAUUGGGGAUGCUGCUUGUUGUCCGGAUUUAUGUCUCGUUUCCUCUGGAAGUCGUAGUAAAACCCCUGAAGGAGGGGAAUCGAAGAACUUGUUGUGGGCUUGCAUGCUCCAUGACAAGAGCAUGUGUCCUACAUGCAAACGGCAAAGAAGAUUUAUUAUUUAGGCCAGUGCUGUUACUUCCACAUUAGUUUGGCUGCACCCACUUAUUUAUGUGGUUACCGUGGUGUGAAUACCAACAUCUACAGUGCAUUUUUUUUGACUGAUUCUACCCGUUUUAUAUGAAAAUGCAGCUGUUCAUAUAACAGUAUGUUCCUGGAAAGUGUGAACUAUCAUACAUUUAUAAGGGAUUGCUAAUGUGUUUUUUUUUUUUUUUUUCUUUUUAAUCUAAAUCCUGGGGCCAGAACCAUGUGGAAAACAUGCGUCCCAUAAGCCGGACACACGGGUCCCUAUUGUAUAUCUUGCAAGGAGUUCAGACGUCAUAAGAUGUUACUUCUUAACCAGAAAAUGCAAGUGUGGUAGACGUUGUUGUAUAUCAUAUACAAAAAAAUUCAAUGGUUUUGUUUAGAAUAAAAUUCCAGUGAAAACAGGAAGUGAAAAGUACAGAUCCAAUAAUCUGCACCGAAAGGUAAUUUGUGUUUUCAACUUGUGACGGUUUCUUCGUAACAUUUUUAAAAUGUUAUUUCCAGACUGUUACUACAA